AUGACACGCCGGUUUACACACUCGUCCCAGCGACGCGCGUCGCUUGUCUCAACGUCUGUGGGCAGACAUGGGCUGUUUGUGCCCCAGGACCUCAUCAAAUCAGACGACUUCACGGCCGUUGUCAGCGACCAGGACCUUGAGGAGGACGAGCCACUGAUCGAGACCCAGGUCCAGCAAUACUCAGCGACACCAAGGGACAUAACCGAAGAGGCAGAGCUGCUCGAGGCCAACCACUUUCCCAUUAGAAGAUACUCCUCCGUGCCUUCGGUUUCCGUGCCACCUGCCGAAGACCGCGAAGCUGUCAAUGAGUCAUGGGACAAGGCCCUGCGCGACGGGAAAAUCACCACCACGCCUCUCUUUGAGCUCAAGAAGAUGCUGAUGUCGUCCGUGCCGCUCGUGAUAACCUUCCUGCUCCAAAACUCUCUGGGUGUGGCCUCUAUCUUUGCCGUGGGACAUAUCUCUCCCGAAGCACUCGCGGGAAUCACCCUCGGAACCAUGAGUUGCAACAUUUCGGCCAUUGCUGUCAUCGCCGGCCUCGCAUCGUCGCUCGACACGUUUCUGCCGCAGGCCUAUGGAGCCAGAAAAUACAAGGUCGUGGGCCUGAUUUUCCAGCGUUGCACAGCUCUCAUAUUCACGCUUAUGUUCAUAGUCUGCAUAGCAUGGUGGAUUUGGGCCGAGCAGGUUCUGGCAAAAGUCCUUCCGAACGCGGAAAGCGCCAAACUUGCUGCCACUUACCUGAAAGUCAUCACUUUUGGAUUGCCAGGCUAUAUACUUUUUGAGACAGGAAAAAGAUUUCUGCAAGCCCAGGGAGUUUUCGAGGCGUCGACGUACGUUCUGUUUGUCUGUGCUCCUUUCAACGCAUUGCUCAACUACUUGUUCGUUUGGGUAUUUAAAAUGGGAUACAUUGGAGCCCCCAUCGCUGUCAGUGUGAACUAUACGUUGAUGGCUAUUGGGCUAUUUGGGUACACCAUCUGGACGAAAAAUGUCGCCAACCCUAUGAAAUGCUGGAACGGACUGACGCUGAGAAAGGCGUUCUCCAACUGGGGCGAGCUGGUGAAGCUUAGUAUCCCCAACCUGAUCAUGAUCAUGUCCGAAUUCCUGAGUUUCGAGAUCCUCACCCUGCUGUCCAGCUAUCUCGGAACAGUGCCGCUUGCAGCACAGUCUGUGAUAACCACUAUGGCUUCUCUCACCUACCAGGUGCCAUACGGAGUUUCCAUCGCCGCGUCUACCAGAGUGGCCAACUUCCUGGGUGCCCAGCUCCCACGAGAGGCCAGAAUAGCUACCAAGAUGGUUUUUGUGUUCACCGCAGCCAUUGCCUUGAUCAACUCGUCAUUCCUGCUCUUUGACAGCCGGCAAAUUGCGGGCUGGUUCUCCAACGAUGCAGACGUAAUCGAGGUGGUCGCCAAGGUGAUGCCGCUGGUCGCUUUCAUCCAAAUAUUCGACGCCAUGAAUGCAACCAGCGCAGGGUGUCUUCGGGGACAGGGCCUGCAGAGAAUUGGCGGAUACGUCAACCUGUGCUCGUACUAUCUCAUUGGUCUCCCGCUUGGGUUUGUGCUGAGCUUCUAUGUCCCCAAGGGUCAUCCUAUGGGACUCUUUGGGCUGUGGACAGGCUGUGGAGUGGCCCUGGCGAUAAUUGGUGUCAUCCAAACGUAUUGCGCCCUUGCUGCUGACUACGACAAACUGGCCGCCGACGCGCUCAGACGAAGCGAAACAGACUAG